GGUUGUUGCCGGGCUCUAUAUCCGGUGUCCGCCCGCCCUCCAUCCCGCUCCCUCCGCGAUGCUGUCCCGGUCUCGCUGCGUGUCCCGGGCGUUCAGCCGCUCGCUUUCUGCCUUCCAGAAGGGGAACUGCCCUCUAGGGAGACGUUCCCUGCCUGGGGUCUCCUUAUGUCAGGGACCAGGUGGUUACCCUGACAGCAGGAAGAUGGUCAUUAACAGCAGUAGUGUCUUCAGUGUUCGCUUCUUCCAAACCACAGCUGUGUGCAAGAAUGAUGUGAUUACAGUUCAAACCCCAGCGUUUGCAGAAUCAGUUACAGAGGGAGAUGUCAGGUGGGAGAAAGCUGUUGGAGAUACAGUUGCAGAAGAUGAAGUGGUUUGUGAGAUUGAAACUGACAAGACUUCCGUGCAGGUUCCAUCACCAGCAAAUGGCAUCAUUGAAGCUCUUUUAGUACCUGAUGGGGGCAAAGUUGAAGGAGGAACUCCUCUUUUCACACUCAGGAAAACUGGUGCUGCUCCUGCUAAGGCCAAACCAGCGGAAGCUCCUGCUGCAGCCCCAAAAGCAGAGCCGCAAGCACCGGCAGUCUCUCCUCCCUCUGUAGCAACUAUACCCACUCAGAUGCCACCAGUGCCCCCACCCUCACAACUUCCUUCUAGCAAACCAGUUUCUGCAAUAAAACCCACUGCUGCCCCUCCGCUGGCUGAGCCAGGAGCUGCUAAAGGUGUGCGCUCGGAACAUCGGGAGAAAAUGAACCGGAUGCGGCAGCGCAUUGCUCAGCGUCUGAAGGAAGCCCAGAAUACGUGUGCAAUGCUGACCACCUUUAAUGAGGUUGACAUGAGUAACAUCCAAGAGAUGAGAGCUCGGCACAAAGAUGCUUUCCUGAAGAAACAUAACCUCAAACUCGGCUUCAUGUCGGCAUUUGUAAAGGCCUCGGCCUUUGCCUUGCAGGAGCAGCCGGUUGUAAAUGCAGUGAUUGAUGAUGCAACCAAAGAAGUGGUGUAUAGAGAUUAUAUUGACAUCAGUGUUGCUGUUGCUACUCCAAGGGGUCUCGUGGUUCCUGUCAUUAGGAAUGUGGAAACUAUGAACUAUGCAGAUAUUGAACGGACCAUCAGUGAACUAGGAGAGAAGGCCAGAAAGAACGAACUUGCCAUUGAAGAUAUGGAUGGUGGUACUUUUACCAUUAGCAAUGGAGGAGUUUUUGGGUCACUGUUUGGAACACCCAUUAUCAACCCCCCCCAGUCUGCCAUUCUGGGUAUGCAUGGCAUCUUUGACAGGCCUGUGGCUGUGGGAGGCAAGGUGGAAGUGCGACCUAUGAUGUAUGUAGCCCUGACCUAUGACCACCGGUUGAUUGAUGGCAGAGAGGCUGUGACCUUCCUCCGAAAAAUCAAGGCAGCAGUAGAAGAUCCAAGAGUCCUCCUCUUAGACCUUUAGGAGGAAGCCACGCCCCCUACCUAUCAAUCAUGCAGGAACUGAAAACAGUCUUCUCCCUGUCCCCUCAUCAGUCCCAGAGUUCGCCUGACGACAGGCAGGCACCAUACUGUUGGCCUCGAGCAAGGAAGCCAGGGCACUAUAUAACCAGCUUUCACAGGCCUUUCCUUCGUGUUCCUUCUAGACUCUUCCUCUCCCUCUCUGUGUCCUUCUCUUGAGAGAGAGUGAGAGCCCUAAUGGAUGCCCAUUGAUAUCCCACCUUUCUUCCAGCCCUCUGCAAAGAUGGUUUUGUUUCUCCCCAGUAACAGUAUACUACAGGGAUGCCACCAGGGACCAUGUGACCAAGUUUGUCUUUGGAAAGUGCUCUCCAGAGAUGCCUAGGGGGUGCUCUGCCUCCCGGGCUCUGAGCCUCUGUCCCAGCUGUGCAUAUUCUCAGCUGCUGCCACCUGUGUGGAGGUAUCGGACACAGACAAAGGCGCUGCUUUGCUUAAAUGCACCACCAUUCUGAGCUGUCAGUGGCUUCAUGGUGCCUCUCUACCUCUCCAGGAAGCCCAGGCCGGGGGGCCUUGGGGAUAGGCAAUGUGGUGCGGAGUCCCCUGAGGUUACCUUUUAUAAUCCCAGAUGGGAGUAGAACCCUGACUUGCCUCGCGGGCUUCAUUGUAAGCUCACACUGGGAAGAUUCUUUUUGGUGUAAUCACAUACAAUUAUGGUCAUACCAACCCUUCCCAGGGUUCUGGGGUCAUUCUAGAACACUUCGCAUUUAGAGCAGAUUUUUAGUACAUCUUGGCGGUGAGUGAGGGAAGAGCCUGGUGAAGGGACUGGCUCUGACCAGAUCAGGUUGGCUAGAGUUCUCAAAUUCAAGGAGGAAUCAGCACGUGAUGGGAAGGGGCUAUUCUCUCCCUUUCUGGGUGUGGCUUGCAAGGAGCAAGGUCUUGGCAUCCCUAGCAAGACACAGAUACAGGGGAGGAUGGACUGUGGUGGGAUCCAGCCUCAGGAGUCAGUCCAGAGUGAUGGACGGGCUGAUGUCAUCUCCAAGGUACUGCCCUUUGGGUGCUGGCACAGUCACUGGGAUUUCUUGAAGCAUGGGAAACUGCAAGUGACUAGGUAUGGAAGGAAGCUCCUAGACCUUGUGUCCUCUGCACUGAGGCCUGAGGCUGCUGACAGUUGACACAGGGCCAUAGUGUUCAAUGCCCUUUUUUCUGUCAUCCAGGACAAGCUGGGGGGAGGGGGAGAGGCCAGUAUUGAGUGCCUGCGGCGUCUGCUACUACAUCUUCACUAUCCAGAACUUGUAACUAAAAUAUUUAAAGAGGCUGAUUUUGAAUGAAAAUUAAAGGGCAAAUGUUCUCAAA